AUGGAUCAUCUGAACAGGGCCCCCUCUGGCACGGCUGCGAAGAAACCAGCUUUCUCUUCCACGAUAAAAUCUCGUUAUGCAGUAACGAAACCGCUACCCGAUUCAUUGGCAACCGGCAGAGCGACGAUGGCAGUACCAGGAGGCCAGCCUCGUUAUUUGCAACCAACAGCCGCUAGAAGUCUUAGAGUAGCAUCAAGUGCUCGCCCAGGCCCUUCAGAAAAUCACUCAACGGCUAUCAACCGUCGUUCCACAUCUAAUCCUCGUGAAAGUGCAGAGGUAGCCGAAAUGAGGUCGAAGAUUGCCCAGAAUGAAGGAGAGCUCGUAAAGCUUAAAGCUGAAUUGGAACUAACCAAGAGUCAGUUGCAGCUGAAAGAUCAAAAUUUAGAAAUGGUUCAGAGCUCAGUGGAGUGUUUCAAACAGACUAUUGCUCUCAAGGAUGCACAAAUGAGCGCAAUCCAGAUGGCACUCGAAGCAGAGAAGGGCAAAUCGGCAAUGAUGCAAGUAUCAAUCGAUGCGCACCUAGUAUGUCGAAUAAAUUUUAGAAGGGACCGUAAUGCCCACCUGAAACAUGAGUUAUGUGAGAGGAUGGAAGACAUUGGCCGUCUAACGUCGCAGCUAGCUGCCAAGCGUGAUGAACUUCGAGAAAAGGAUGAAGUCAUGAGACACCUCCACAAUGCUGUUGUCGAUUUGAAGGGUCAAAUUCGUGUUGCUGUCCGUGUACGACCUCCUCUCGGCAAGGAGCUAGAUGUGCCAGUAAAUCAUCUUUCAUAUCCCGGAGUAUCUUCAAUAAAGCUAGAUCAGGGCAAAGGAUCGCUGAGCUUCGAGUUCCAGCGCGUGUUCGGUCCAAACAUGAGCCAGGCACGCGUAUUCAACGACGUGGAGGAACUUAUUUUGUCAUGCCUCCACGGUUACAACGUGUCCAUCAUAGCUUACGGCCAAACUGGUAGUGGCAAAACACACACGAUGAGAGGAGGUGAAGGCGAGUCAGAGGGCAUAAUUCCCCGAGCCGUUAAGUUCCUUUUUCAGUCGCGAAAUAAAUUGGCAGAUUUGGAUUGGAAGUUCGAAUUCAAGGCCUCCUUCCUUGAAGUGUACAACGAAGAAGUUUACGAUUUGCUCGGUGAGCGGAAGAAAUUGGACGUCAAAAUGGGAUCGGGCACCACUUGUGUCACCGGCCUCAAUUAUCGUGAGAUUAAUGCUAUAGAAGAUAUCGAGCACAUCUUGGCCGUGACGGAUAGGACCAGAUCGACAGCAGCCACGAAGUGCAACGAACAAUCUAGCAGAAGUCAUGCCGUGUUCGAGCUCACUAUACAAGGGCAUAAUAAGACUUCAGGAGCGUCUCGCAACGCAUGCCUACAUUUGGUGGAUCUCGCUGGCUCGGAACGCGUCAAAGAGUCUGGUGCUGAAGGUGAUCGCUUCAAGGAAAUGACACACAUUAAUUCGGCGCUGUCCAAUCUGCAAAACUGCAUCCGAUGUCAGCUGAACAAGGUAAAACCCGCAUAUACCGUAUCCGUAAUUCGAAGCUUGACUAUGAUUUUGCGCGAUAGCCUUGGAGCUGGAAAUUCGAAGACGAUGGUUAUUGUAGCACUGAAUCCUGCUGUGACACAAAUUGCUGAAACUAAGCGGAGUCUAGAGUUUGCACAGCAGAUGACGAAGUUAUUACGGAUAGGUUCUGCGAAGAAGCAGGAGCAGUGA